GCUUCUUUCAUGCUGCGGAAAGGGAAGGAUAGGAUCAUGUUGGAAGGUAAAGUCUACGAACUCUCCUUUCUUCCAUGGAUGAAUGACAACCAGUUGUAUGACUGGAGGGAAGCAAUGAAAUACCAAUUCUUUUGGAUCAGAUGUCUGCAAGUCCUGGUUUUCGCCCUUCCUGUUUUGGAGGAAGCAGUUGAAGCUGCCUUUGGAAAUAUUAUCAAGUCCUACUCUGCGUUCAAAGAACCGACUGCCCCCGAGCUGUUAAAUAUCAGAUUUGAUCUGACGACAUCGGCUAUAUUUCGAUACAAACCGUAUUUAACGAUAGAUCUCUCAGAAUUUGGCUUCGUUAAUAUCGAGGUCGUCUGUGCAGAUACCCCGUGGUGUCCAGAUUGUCGGAGAUAUUUCCACUUCGCUGGUGAUGUUGACUGUACGAAAAAUAAAAGGCAGAAAAGUAAUCCUCAAAAGACGAAAGGCAAAGCACCUGUGGCGGAGAAGAGUGGGAAAGAGAAUGACAAAGGUCAUAAUCAGAAAGAGAAAACGAGCAAACAGAAGAACGAUCCGACCAACCAACCGCAGGGCAAACGGCCUGAGGGGAACCAGAGGGGGAAGAAUAUGCACAAUGGGGAAAAUCUGGGAGAAUCCUCCAAAGGUUGGCACAUCGUGGUUUGGCAGGGUCAACAGAAGAAGGCUUACGUGCCAAAGGGGGCAGGUUCCUCCUUCCGGGAGGAGGUUCCGAUGAACGAGGAUGGCAAUAACGGUGUCCCUCAGGAAGGGCAGGUCAAUAAAAGGAUAAAUAAGGAAAAGGGAGAAGUUAGUAAGGAGGGGAAACGCAAGCCCAACCUCGAUGACGAAGGACAGGAACUUCGAGAGGAGCCUGAAUCGGAAGGAGGGAUAGGGGUUGAAGAGCACAUGGAUUUGGAGGAUCUUGACGAGGAGGAGGAGGAUGGGGACGAUGAUUGUGAUCUCUUAAUUCGCCAUCGGAAAGUUGAGAAAAAAAUCGAUAUUUUUGCCAAGGAUGAAGAACUAAGGGAUAUAGACUUCGGGAGGGAGGCAAACCCGUUUUCUAAAUUGGGCCCUGACGCUCGAUCAGACUCGGGCCAGAAGGAAAAUCCACUUAUUGAAGUGGAGGACACAGACAAAGAAAUACCGAAAGAUGUAAGACUCUUUGUCCUCGAUGAAGACGACUUGCAGGAAGAAGGGAAGGACGGCGAAAUGGAAACAGAUGGGCAGAUACCUCUGGAAGAGGGAGUGGACGGGGAAGAGAAAGAGGAGGAAAGCGGAGAGGAACCAGAAGAAGAUCUGCUGGGAGUCAUGGGAAAAGAACUCGAUGAUGGUCUUCAAAGGCGGACAGAGGAGGGAGUGGGAAACACAGCUGAACGGGACUUAGAUAUUGAUCUUUCUACCCCGGUGGCCAGAAAGACCACACCAAUGGAGGCUUUUAAAAUAUACGAUAAUUCGUUUUAUGGCCUGGAUUCUUUGAAUUCUCAAUCUCAGAAUUUAGGGCAGUCUUCCCCCUCAGCAGAAGAGGGCACUCCCUUUCUUUUUGGAGGAAGUGGUAUCCUUCUGAGAGGGGGAAGAAAGUGGAACGAGACCUUGAGAGGUGCAUCUCCCUCAAAAAGAAAGAAAGGGCUUAAGGGCAGGGGGAUUGACUCGUAUAGUGAGGAUCAUAGUGUGUCGAUGGGCUGAGCUCCCAUCUCUGGACUUAGCCAAGACUCGCAAAAGGUCCUUUCUACAUCAGACAACAGGCAAACAGCUGUCAUUUGCUGGGCCAAUGAGAACAUUGACAAAAAUGGAUGAAGUGAAAGGCCCGGUGAAGAGUUUUUUGGUCCCACUCAUCUGCUCAGACACGCCUCUGGGUACGAUGGUGUUGACCAGAAUAAUGUCUGAUGAAGUGCUGGUAAUCCGAGUGAUACAGGUCAAUUCCCCCCCAACGGAAGAAGAGGUAUUGGAUCUGACAAAGCGUCAUGUCCUCAAUCACACCGGUGCAGUCUCUAUCCUACCAACAAUGAAAGUUAGUCGAUAUU